CAAAUGAGACACUACUACCAAACACAUAAGAUCAAGAGAGAGAAAAGGAAUGGGAGAGAUCAAAAGCGGCGAGAAAACGCGCGUUUUGGUGGUGGGAGCGACGGGUUACAUAGGCAAGAGGAUCGUAACGGCAUGUUUGGCUGAAGGUCAUGAGACUUACGUUUUGCAACGACCGGAGAUUGGUCUCGAUAUCGAGAAAGUCCAACUCCUUCUCUCCUUCAAGAAACUCGGUGCACGUGUCGUCGAAGCUUCUUUCUCCGACCACCGGAGCCUCGUUUCCGCCGUGAAACUCGUCGACGUCGUUGUCUCCGCCAUGUCCGGCGUUCACUUCCGUAGCCAUAACAUCCUUGUCCAGCUCAAGCUUGUUGAAGCCAUCAAAGAAGCUGGUAACGUCAAGCGAUUCUUACCAUCUGAAUUUGGUAUGGAUCCACCACGUAUGAGACAUGCAUUACCACCGGGAAGAGAAACAUUCGACCAAAAAAUGGAAGUACGUCAAGCUAUUGAAGCUGCCGGAAUACCUUACACUUAUGUUGUUGGCGCUUGCUUUGCCGCCUAUUUCGCCGGAAACUUAUCUCAGAUGGAAACUUUACUCCCUCCCAAAAAAAGAGUUAAUAUUUAUGGAGAUGGAAACAUAAAAGUGGUGUUUGCGGAUGAAGAUGAUAUUGCAAAAUACACAGCAAAGACUCUACACGAUCCGCGAACAUUGAACAAAACUGUGUAUGUCAGACCUGCCGACAAUGUUCUCACGCAUAUUGAAUUGGUUCAUAUAUGGGAAAAGCUAACCGGAAAUGAAUUGGAGAAAACCAAUAUUACUGCAAAAGACUUCCUUACCAACAUUGAACAAAUGGAGAUUCCACACCAAGCGGGGAUAGGACAUUUUUAUCAUAUAUUCUACGAAGGAUGUCUCACUGAUCACGAAGUCGGAGAAGACGAAGAAGCUUCUUGUCUCUAUCCAGACGUCAAGUACAAGCGAAUGGACGAUUACUUAAAAAUGUUCCUCUAAUUACUUUUGUCAAAUCGUGUCCAUCAUAAAUAUGCAUAUCAUAAGUUUGAAGUUUUAUAUUCGUGUUUUGUCUUGUUAUAUAAAAUUA